AUGAAACUGACUACAGCUUUUGGGAUGUUCAGGUCUUCCAUUAUAGUUAUCCAUUUGAGUGCCACUGAUGAAACAGUAACAGGAGCAACUAUCAAUGAGGAAUUUGAUGGAACAGUAACCACUCCAAGUCAAAUUAGAUCGCCGAUACCAGAAAUUGGGGAAGGAACUUCGAAAUCUCAACAGAAGUGGACGGAUGUGGUCCAAUUAGGGUCCAGUCAAAGCAAAUUGUCGUGGGCAGAUGAGUUUGAGGCUUCACCAGAGCUAAAUUCAAAAGGAUCCAUCUGGGAUAAUUUUGAUAUUGCUAAGAAAUCCGUUGUAGUAUGCUAUGUGUUGGGGCCUCAUCCUCAUUUUGCAAUUUUGAAUGGGUAUGUUCGACGCCUGUGGGAGAAGCAUGGAAUUAACAAAGUAUCUAUGUUAAAAAAUAGCAUAGUUCUAGUAAGGUUCGACUCUGUAGCUGGAAAGAAUGAGGUAUUAAAGGAAGGAAUUUACCAUUUCGAUAACAAACCUUUCAUUGUGAAGGCUUGGAAUCCAGAUAUGGAAUUUACACGUGACGAGUUAUACACUGUCCCUAUUUGGGUUAAAUUGCUAGGGCUUGAGUUAAAAUAUUGGAGCUCAAAAGGUUUGAGUAAAACUGGAAGCUUAAUAGGCAAGCCACUGAUGGUUGGCAACCACACUUUGAAGAAAGUAGGAUUGAGCUUUGCUAGACUACUUAUUGAGGUUGAAAUGGAUACACCUUUGCCAAAAAAAGUGUAUUUCAAAAAUGAAAGAGGCCUACUUAUGGAACAAAAGGUGCAAUAUGAUUGGAAGCUAAUACUAUGUAAAACUUGCAAGAAGUAUGGCCAUGAUGAACAAGUAUGCAAAGCUAAGAAAGUGCAGCAACCUCAUCCUAAGGGAAAGCACAAGAUAACAAUACGCAAGUUACUUCCAAUGAAGUAA